AUGACCGCCAUCAUGAAGUAUUUUCGUCGAUCCCAAGCAUCGGACUCAGGAGAGGAGAUUUACGGCACUGUCAACACAGAUGGUGAUGCGAAUUGGGGCAAUAUAUCUAUCACGGACGUACACGACAAGAACGGGAAUGCCGUGGAAAUUAAAGGAACAGAUUACCUUGGAGUUGCAUUCCUGUCGCCCGCUAAACUCUCAGAUGACAUCAGGGUCUCGACCGAUCCUUGGUGCGCCUUCAGCUUUGAGAAGAGCAGUCAUCCUAGCGGCGACGAUUUGGAAGUCCACGUCAAGUUCACCUUUCAGCCUAGUUCGUCUGACCGCUCCGACGGGUUCAGAGUCGUGGACUUUCACUUUUCUAUGGCCGGUGAUCCUACAGAUGAGCACUACGAGAAUUCGGUGCGUCUAUGGAAAAACUAUCUGCCUGACGUAAGCGGCACUGUCCCAAUCGCUUGUGAUCCUCGACCAGAUGGGAUCACCGCGGACAGCCAGGCGCUGUUCUUUGAAAACGACGAUGGAGUAUUUAUGAAAGACGUGCCAUUCGGUGUGACGACUGAAGUCGAUUUGAACCGGGGCACAUACGAAAUUACAGCCUCGGAGUUAUUCACGGAUGAUGAAACCAUCGUUGCCAUUGCAAAGGUUCAGCCAGCCCAAGUGGAAGUUGAAGAGGGAAAGACAGCCCCGACUAUCAAUGUGACGUACGCCGUUCAACAUUACAGCUCGACAGACGUUGUGAUUGACAACAUCUCUGGGCUCGAGGGAGAGGAAGUGCAUGUCACGUUCAGCAACGCAGAAAACCCGCUCUACGACUUCUGGAGCCUGGUCCCAGGAACCACGAAACCGCGUCGCGUCCUCCCGCCAACAGGAGAUGCAACAAUCAGCGUAGAUCCAAUUAUUGUGAACAACAUCCAAUAUGACUUCACUCGAAAGGAGAUUGAUUUAUCACGCAAUACACCCAUCAGCUUCACGGCUGACGAUGUGAAGCAGCAUGAGAUUCAAGUACCGGGUGCUGUCAAGCUUCCCAUCAAGCUGAAGAAGCAAGACUCAAUAACCGCAGGAGCAUUGACAGUGCACCUCAUGGAAAAGACGUCCCGCUUUAUUUACACAAACAGAGUGGAUAUGCAGGACGAAGCUCCCCAAUUCCCAGUGCUGGUGGGGCCCGGGGACUACGAAGUGCAGGUACAUCGGUUCAUUGCAGAUGGAGUUCUGUACAAAGUUACAUCUGACCCCACUCUCACUGUCAGCGAAGAUGGCAACACAGUGCUGGAUUUGAGUAUCGAUGUUGCUGUGAAUCUAAACGUCCCUGGAUUCCCUAACUUCCUAAGUUUCGGUGGUUGCACCCGGGACCUCAGUAGACCUUCAACGUUCGACGAGAGUGAUGACGACCUCACAAACUUUGUGCAGGCUGGCGCGUCGUCAAUCUUCAAAUAUGCUGGCUUACGUGGUAACGGCGACCCUGAUGAUGAUAUCACAAAAGAGGAAGAAUGUACACCAAAAGUCAUAGAAUUUGCCCGUGACAUCGAAAAAGCUAUUGGUACUGAUCACACUGUUCUGCCAGUGCUGAUAUCAUAUACCUGCAACUUCUCCGGUGGGGAGGAUGUUCUACUUUGCACUACGAAGCACAAACACAGCCUUGGAAACCUCAUUCAGGCGCUACAGCUUCUCAUGGACUUUGAGGAGGCCCCACGCCCUCUACGCGCCGCGUGGAUCUUCAACCCCGAUUUUAUUGGCGAGUGCCAGAAGCGCGGCUACACGGCGGACUCCGAAGUGCGAUUUCUCGAUUCACUAAAAGAAGCUUUGAAGUUCCGGAAUGAAGAACACAUGAUCGACCUUAUUCCGGAAGACAUCGACAACACCAUUCGUGGAUAUGUGCGUGCACUGCACUGGCUGGUGCGGACUAUGACGAAGGACCCACAAACUGGAAAACCUGCCGUUUCGCUUGGGUGGCAGGUUAAUCUCUGGGCGGGAGAAAAAAUCAGCGCGUUGUGGAUAUACAAAGACGAGAAUGUGGCCCCUGAAGAAGCCAAAAAAACAGCAGACUAUUUGGAUGCUAUUGGGGUAUGGCCCAAAACAGUCCCGGAGAAGGCUGAUGAUGAGCUUCCCCCUGUCGACUUCUUAGCCGUCGACCGGUGGGAACGUGACGACCUCACAUCAGCAAGCUAUCCCGUGCACUUUUGCUUUGCCCCACGCGAAUGGAGCCGAUACCUCGAUUUCUGUGAAGCGCUCAGCAUGGAACUGCAUGCCCCGGUGAUGCCCUGGCAGAUCUCAGCAGCCCGCACGCCCAUCGUUGAGGAUGAUGUCAAGGAGGAUUUUCCGACAGCGCAACAUUGGGGCACGGGAGGUAGCUACUUUCUGGGCGAUCCCAGUGUUGGCUCCGGCUACCGCAAUAUUCACAAGAGUAUCCUGGCGUUGAAGUUGGAUGCACUUUUUUACAACGCUAAAUCCGUGGAAGAGCUGUUCCAGCGCUCCCAGCCAUUUGACCUAACGGUCCCAGGCUAUCAUGAUCUCCCUUUGCGGGGAAUGUUUUCGGUGCUGCUUGGUGGAGGCGACACAACCGGCAUUGUGAACAGUCUUCCUGCUGGCAGUGGUGAGAGACAGGCUGCCUGGGUACGGGAGAAGCUGGCCGAGUAUAGCAAGAACCCCAUUUACUUCCAAACUGACUGA